GCAACAAUCAUAAAAUUGUUUUAUUUACAAUUAUUUUGCAUUAUAAUUUGAAAGCGUUUUCUUUGAUUUAUUUUUAAUUCUGAAUGAAAAUAUUUUUAAAUAGAUUAUAUUGUUGUAGGUUCGAGUACUUGAAUAAAAGGUUAUAUACUAUGAAACGAGCUGCCCCGACAAGUAGUAGCAAAUCUUCAAAAGCUAAAGAUUCUUCUAAAAAAUCUAAAAACUUAAAUGAGACUUUAAGCAAAGCUUCUACAUCCAAGGAUAGCGCAAAUGAUGAUACCAUAUCGAACAACUUUAUUCAAUCAAUUCAAGAUAAACGUUUAAAAUGCGCAGCCAGUGUUACAGAUUUCUCAUUCAAAAAGAAACGGGUACGUAUUUUAAGUUCCGAAAAAGAAGUACGUGAAAAUUGUGAGGGGCCAGUUGUAUAUUGGAUGUCACGGGAUAUGCGUGUGCAGGAUAAUUGGGCUUUAUUGUAUGCUCAACGCCUGGCAUUUAAAUUGCAGUUGCCUUUGGUAGUGGUUUUCUGUCUGGUGCCAAAAUUUCUUAAUGCCACCAUAAGACACUAUAAAUUUAUGUUGGGUGGCCUAGAGGAAGUAGCAAAAGAUUGUAGUGAUUUAAAUAUUACCUUUCAAUUGCUAUUGGGUCCGGCCAAAGAUCGCGUACCGGAAUUUGUUGCCACUCAUGACUGUGCCGCUGUUAUAUGUGAUUUUGCGCCAUUACGUGUGCCUAUGCAAUGGACAGAUGACGUUAAACAAGUGUUACCUAAUGAAGUACCUUUCAUACAGGUGGAUGCUCAUAAUGUAGUGCCAGUAUGGGUGGCUUCGGAGAAACAGGAAUAUGGCGCCCGAACUAUACGCAAUAAAAUAAACACUAAGCUACCUGAAUUUCUAACAGAAUUUCCGCCCUUAAUCAAACAUAAUGUAAACUUUAAAACGGAGUUGGCUCCAGUGGACUGGAGUGCAGUGUUUGCCUCGCUAGAAUGUGAUAUGUCAGUGGAUGAAGUGGUUAAUACAAAACCAGGUUAUAGGGCAGCAUGUAAACAGUUGCAAGGCUUUUGUGAAAAACGUUUAAAAGUAUUUAAUGAUAGCCGUAAUGACCCUACCAAGAAUGUUUUGUCAGGUUUAUCCCCCUGGUUUCAUUUUGGUCAAAUUUCAGUUCAACGCUGUGUCUUGGAGGUUAAAGAGUACAAAUCCAAAUUUAAGGAGUCCGUAGAAGCAUUUUGUGAAGAAGCCAUUGUCAGGCGGGAAUUGGCGGACAAUUUUUGUUACUAUAACAAAAACUAUGACAAUCUCAAAGGGUUGCAUGAUUGGGCGGCAAAAACUCUUAAUGAUCAUCGCAAAGAUAAACGUUCUCCCUGCUAUACACUUGAAGAAUUCGAACAAUCACGAACUCAUGAUGAUUUAUGGAAUUCUGCCCAGAUCCAGCUGGUUAAAGAAGGAAAAAUGCAUGGUUUUUUACGCAUGUAUUGGGCUAAAAAAAUAUUAGAAUGGUCGGAAACUCCAGAGCAGGCUUUGGAAUAUGCCAUUUUACUUAAUGAUAAGUACAGCUUAGAUGGUAGAGACCCCAAUGGUUAUGUAGGAUGUAUGUGGUCUAUUGGCGGCAUCCAUGAUCAGGGUUGGGCAGAACGGGCCAUAUUUGGUAAAAUUCGUUAUAUGAAUUACCAGGGUUGCAAACGUAAAUUUGAUGUUAAUGCAUUUGUGGCACGCUAUGGAGGCAAAGUUCAUACAAAGAAGUAAAUAAAUACAGCAGUUGUGUUGAAGUAGUGUGGUAGGUAGUAUUAAUUGUAACGAUUGUUU